UCGUAGAGUGUAGACGUGUUACGAUACACUCUGAAGUGUAAGCAAAUAUAUAAAUAUAUAGGGGAAUGGUGCUAUAAAAUUAAACCAAAUAAAGUCGAAACAGAAACCAGUAUGGAUGAGUUCGGAAGAAAAAAUACAGCGUCUAAAAUUAUCCAAAAUCAGACACACUACAAGUGGAUAAGAAUGGGAAUUCUGCCGUCAACAGACGAAUUAAGUGUAAGAGAAAGAGAACACACAAAUAUAGGCAUUGAAUCAAGUGAAAACUCUAAGAAAAGAAAGAUCCAUAAUAAUGCCGAUACUGGAAACGGGGAUCCAUCAACCAGUAUGAAAUCAUCUAACCCAGGGUCAUCAAAAUCUAAAAAAGACAUUUGGCUAUGCGAAAACAGUCAACGAUACACAGUUAAUUGGGAACCAUAUCGCGUAAGAUGCGUUCAGUCACAAUUCUCAGCACAAUGUUCUGAAGAAGAAACAGUCAACAAUAUACCCUGCGUACAUUGUCAUGCGAUUCACCCAGAAAGUGCUUAUAGGAACCAGCGUAAAUUACUGAGGGAAGAAGAGCAUAAAAUUCCAAAUGAGACACAGGGGAACCUGUGUUCCAUAUUGCAAGAUAAGCAAAUAAGCCAAACCUCACGAGGAGUACAAAUAACACGGGAAUUACAAACCUCAGUAUCCACGAAAAGUCACAAAAGCCGAAACCAAAAACAAACACUUACAACGCCUCGCAGAACGUCUAAACCGAGCGCAAGAAGCAAAAGCACACGCACAAGUACUGCAAACAUUGUUGUUGAGAAAAUAGACAGGCUUACGAAUCUUGCAGAACAACAAAUACAACAUUUGUCGAUAUUGGUGAAUAUGAUAUUGAAAUUAACUGCUAUGGUAGACAAAUAUUUAUGCCCUAAAUAAUGAUCUAGAACUGCAAUGGGUUAUAACAGAGAGGUACAGUAUUGCAGGAAUUUCUUCAUACACACAGUACUGGAAUUUGCUCCUACAAGAGACGCAUGAAAUAGAAAGAAACCAUUACAAAAUCUACCUAUACCACUGUUAUAGUACACGAAACCCGAAUAUUCGUGGCAGAGCUGAAACAGCAAUUCUUGUGAAAAAGGACUUCAAGCACGGAAAAUUACAAGGUACGAGCUCCGACUUCGUCCAAAAUAUCAAUGUGAAAAGAUACUUUUCAGACAUCCAGCCAAUUAUUUUCUCACCCAUGUACUGCCCGCCAAGAGGGAAAAAUCCAACAGACGGCAUAGAACAAUCCCUGAAAGAACUAAGAGGGAGAUACAUAAUGUGAGGAGACUACAACGCUAAGCUCUUGUCAUGGGGUUCGCGACUAACAACUUCAGAGGAAUUGUACUUCAUAAAAUAAUACAGAAAAGGAACCUGAGAACAAUCAGUCAAAGCAGGCUAAUGUACUGGCCCAGUAGAAAAGAGAUCCUGCCAGGCAGACUUUGCUUACCCACUUCUUCCCAAAUGUAAGCGACAUGCAGACCAAGGCAGAAGAGACUUCAGAUCACUCACCAAUUAUCCUCACGCUAAACAAAAAUCCGCGAUAUAUGGAAUCAAGGUCAGUCACAACGAAAUCCACACACUGGCUAAUAUUCUAGGAAACAUCAAUAAAAGCCUAACGUGCAACGUCCACCUAAAAACAGAAGAAGAAGGCCAAGAAUACACCACCAUAACAAUUCAAACGAGUGCAUGCAAAGUUGCACUAUAUGGCAACAAGAUACAAUACAGUCACGAGCAAAUAUUUAGAUUCAUACUAGACAAACUCAAAGAGAGGAGAAGAGCAAUAAAAAGAUGGCAAAGC